CUCAAACAUCUAUCUGUCAUUCAAUGUGAUCAACUUUUAUGUAUCGAAAAUUUAACUCUUACAGCAGGGUCGUCAUUAAAUCUUACCAAAUUGUGCGUUGGAGUUUGCUGCGUUGACGAUUGUUUUGCACUACUUGAUGGUCGUCUCAAACAACUGAACACAUUUAUUGUUGAUAUUUGCGAUAUGGAUGAUGAAUUAUCAAGUGUUUACGAUAUGGAUGAUCUACCUAAUAUGAAAUGUUUCUCAUUAACAUGUCGAUGCGAGACUAAUCAAUAUGAUACUCAAGUUUUGCCUCUUCUUCAUCGUAUGAUAAAACUCGAAGAAUUAACUUUAAACGUUAUUAAUUACGAACGAACUACAUUAAUCGAUGGUACUCAAAUUAAUAAUAACAUUCUUGUACAUAUGCCAUGUCUUCGUAAAUUUACUUUUUAUAUUAGUACUGAAGUUGAACUACAUCAUAUAACUCAUCAUUUAUCAAACGAAGAUAUUCAACGAACUUUUACUAACAUAGGAUAUCAACAAGUAUCCUGUAUAUUAAACUACAUGGUUGAUAAUAUCAUGUGUCAUAUAUUUUCAUUACCAUUCGCGUUUGAUUGUCUCGAAUAUAUUGGUAAUGCAUUUCCACCAGUACACUUCAGUUGUGUUAGAGAAUUAACAGUACACGAUGAAACUCCGUUCGAACAUGAAUUUUUUAUUCGAAUUGCACGUUUUUUCCCAUUGCUCAAAAAGUUAAGUGUUGUUAAUUUUAAACCACAGUCACAAAUGAAACAUCAUUUGAUCUGUCACAAUAAUGAAUUGUGUACAACUGUUGUAUAUCCACAUCUUAUUUCACUAUGUCUAGAAUAUACUUAUAUUCAUUAUACCGAACAAUUUCUCAAUCAGAAUAAAACACAUCUACCACAGCUAACCACAUUAAGUGUCGACUAUAGUAAAUUAAGAUUCGUAACACAAAACUUUACAAGAAAUGCAACGCGUCGUAAUUGUGCUCGAUUACAACAAAUAGACUUUAAAAAAAUAAUUGUGCAUACAAAAGAGUUUUAUGAUUAUUUUCCUCUCUUGUAA